AUGUCUACCAAGAUUGAAGAAAAUGCCGAGUACGAAACCGGCGCCAACGGAAAUCCAAUCCACAACACUACUCAAGCCAACCCACCCGAUGACGACGACGAUGAUGAUGUUCCUUCAUCAGGUAAGACCCAGAAGGAGAGAAGAAAGAUUGAAAUCAAGUUCAUUCAGGACAAGAGCAGACGUCACAUCACUUUUAGUAAAAGAAAAGCUGGGAUUAUGAAAAAGGCGUAUGAAUUGAGUGUAUUGACUGGGACCCAAGUUCUUUUAUUGGUUGUUUCUGAAACUGGAUUAGUGUAUACGUUCACCACACCAAAGUUACAACCAUUGGUGACAAAACCAGAAGGUAAGAAUUUGAUUCAAGCGUGCUUGAAUGCACCAGAAGAAGGGCUUGGUGGUGAUCAAGAUCAGAGUGAUGGUGAACAAGGUGAAUCUCCUGACCAAAGUCCCGCUCCUCCUGUUGCAUCAGCUCCAUCCGCUGCUGCUCCAGCUCCCGUUUCCCAACAACAACUGCACCAAGCUCAACAAGCUCAACAAGCUCAACAGCAACAUGCACAAUUGCAACAACAACAUGCAGCAGCUGCCGCAGCAGCUGCUCAACAUCACCACCACCAGCAGCAACCACAUCAUCAUCAACAACCAAUACCCGGUGGUGCUGCUGGACCUGGUGGUCCUCAUGGUAUUCCUCAGUAUGGAGGCAAUCCUGGUAGUGUUGGUGGUGCUGGACCUGGACCUCAAGGCCAACCCGGUCAACCUGGAGGAGGUCAACCUGGCAACUUACCGUAUGGAGACUAUGCAUAUUUUUCAAACAUGCAGAAUAGUAACAUACCUAAUCAACAACAAUAUCAAUAG